CUCCAGCAAGUUUGCUGCAGUUGGAUUUCACAAAGCUCUGACAGAGGAGCUGUCUACCCUGGGCAAGGAUGGGAUCAAGACAACUUGCCUUUGUCCUGUGUUCAUCAACACUGGGUUUGUCAAAAACCCCAGCACGAGGCUUGGCAAGAUUCUGGAGAUUGAAGAAGUUGUAGAGGCUCUGAUGGAAGGAAUCCUGACCAACCAGAAGAUGGUUUUUGUCCCACCACAGCUCAGCAUUGCUUUGCUCUCUGAAAUGGUGUUUCCAGAACGUGCCCUGAAUCUCCUGAAGAAGAUGACUAAUGCAAAGUUUGAUGCAGUCGUUGGGCAGAGAAACACCCAGUGA